AUGAACGCCACGAAUCUAACAACUGAUGUUAUUGAGUUGAUAAAGCUCUUGGCUUCUUAUAAUGAGGAUGUGGCAGUAAUGGUUUUGGAAAAUGCUCCUCAAAAUGCUUCCUAUCAUUUCCAUGGGAUUCAAAAGCAAAUUCUUAGUAUUUUCUCUGAUAAGAUACAAAGAUUCAUUCGUGAGGAGAUUGAUGAUGGGAAUUUUUGCAUUCUAGUUGAUGAAUCUGAAGAUGAAUCGAAAAGAGAGCAAAUAGCAAUUGUUUUGAGAUUUGUUGAUAAAUAUGGUUUUAUAAAAAAGCAUUUCUUUGACAUAGUUCAUGUGUUAGAUACCACGUCGGCAACUUUGAAAGAAGAAAUUUGUAUUGUCCUUUUUCGCCAUAACCUUAGUGUGCAAAAUAUUCGUGGUCAAGGAUAUGAUGGUGCCAGUAACAUGUCUGGAGAAUGGACUGGAGCUGCUCAGGCUACAGAUAUUGCUGAAAAGCUUGCCAUUGAUGAUGAAUUCGAGACUGGUAAAGGAAAAAAUCAGAUUGGAACAUUGAAACGGGCUGGAGAUACUCGAUGUGGUUCUUAUUUGGGUUCCAUUUGUAGUUUGAUAAACAUGUUUAGUGCUACUUGUGCAGUCCUAAGAAACAUAAUUAAUGAUGGAAGCAAAUCGAAUCAACGAGCUAAGGCAGAUGGAGUUUAUGAUUCCAUUAUAUCUUUUGAGUUUGUCUUCAUCUUACAUCUUAUGAGGGACAUCAUGGAGAUUACUGACGAUCUUUGCCAAGCUUUGCAAAGUAAAUCUCAAGAUAUAUUAAAUGCAAUGCAUUUGGUGUCUACAACGAAGAUACUUAUUCAAAAAUUUAGAGAAGAUAGAUGGGUUCCAUUGUUGGAGAAAAUUAAAUUAUUUUCUAAUGAUCAUGGUAUACAGAUUCCUGAUAUAAGUUGUCCUUAUAAAAGAGGCCGAGGUCGGUCUCAUUCUGAAAGAGAUCAGCUCACCAUGGAACAUCAUUUUCGAGUUGAUAUUUUUAUGGUUACAGUUGAUUCCCAAUUACAAGAAUUAAACAAUAGGUUUAAGGAAGAUGUAAUGGAAUUGCUUGUUCUUAGCUCAGCUUUGGAUCCUAGGGAUGGUUAUAGAUCAUUCAACAUUGAGGAUAUUUGCAAACUUGCAAAUAAAUUUUAUCCCAUGGAUUUCUCCGAGCAAGAAAAAUUGCAUUUGAAGUAUCAGUUGGAAAACUAUAAGCUUGAUAUUUCCAUACUUCCCGAGUUUCAGAAGCUGUCAACCAUUUCUGAGUUGUGUCAAAUGUUGGCUAAAACAAAAAAGUCGACAAGUUAUCCUCUUAUUGAUAAAUUGAUCCGUCUUGUGUUGACUUUACCUGUUUCAACUGCUGCAUUGGAAUGUGCAUUUUCAGCUAUGAAACUCGUUAAGUCUAAAUUGCGCAAUAGGAUAGAAGAUGGUUUUCUGGCUAGUUACUUGAUUACGUACAUUGAAAAAGACAUUGCUCGAGGGUUUGAUGUAGACUCUAUCAUCGAUGCUUUUGAUAUUAUGAAAGAGCAUUGA